AUGUUGAAAAAAGAUAUUUAUAAACCUGAUACAUUUUUAUACUUCGCAUAUGGUGCCAAUUUGUUAGGAUUUCGAGUAAAAUGGUUUAAUCCUACAGCAACGUUUGUUACCAUAGCGCGACUAGACAAUUACAGACUGGAUUUCAGUAGGUUCUCUCCGUUCUGGGGAGGACCAAUUGCUACGAUAGUACCAACUGCUAAUGCACAUACAUGGGGCAUAAUAUGGAGACUUCACAAGGGCGAUAUGGUGUCACUUGACGAUCAGAAUAAAGUGGACGAAAAAAGCUAUUUUAUAAAAUACGUAACAGUCCAUACACCACACAUGGGAGAUUUUAUGUGUCGUACAUAUAUGAGGAAAGUGUAUCCACUGCCUAAAGGCGAUCAUGACCCAAUGCCGGUAGAGCGAUGGCCAUCCUGGUCUUACAAACAAAUCCUUAUUAUCGGAGCUGAACAACAUAAUCUUCCGUCACAUUACAUACGUUUUCUAAAAAAAAUAAAAGAUAAUGGUGAUAUAGCGUGCUGGCUACUGGCAUUAAUGUUAAAGCGCUACACGGAAAAAGAGCCUUGUGAAUGCAGAGUACCAGGCAUAAUACCAAGGAGGCCUCUCAAAAUAACGGUCAAGAAAUCUGGGUAG